CCGAAGCGCCCUCGAACAACCGCUCAUUUGCUCGUUCGCAAGUUCCCAACGCUCGUUCGCACUCCAAAACCCAGCUUCCGAAAAAGCGGACCGAAAAGAUAAACCUUUCCUCUUUUUUCUUUUUUUUUCCCCGGUAAAAACCAAAAGAGCUUCCACUUCAACUUGAAGCACUGUGAAGAAAGCGAAAAUGGAAAGCUUCGAGCUGAGCGACCUGAUUCCGGGCUUGCCCGGCGAGAUCGGGCUCGAGUGCUUGACCCGCUUGCCCUACGCCUCUCACCGGGUCGCCUCGUGGGUCUGCCGCUGCUGGCACCAGUUGCUUGAGAGCCGCGAGUUCUACCACCACCGUCAGCACUUCGGGUACACCCGCAAGGUCGCCUGCCUCGUCCAGGCCCUCCCUAGGCCCCAGCCCCAGCCCGAGGCCGACGGAUCGAAGCCCAGCGACUCCCCCAGCUACGCCAUCACCGUGUUCGACCCGAUCGGCGGGACCUGGGAGCGGCUGGACCCGGUCCCCGGGUACCCGGGCGGGCUCCCCCUGUUCUGCCAGGUCGCCGGCUUCGAGGGCGGGAAGCUGGUCGUCAUGGGCGGUUGGGACCCGGCGAGCUACGACCCGGUGACGGACGUGUUCCUCUACGACUUCGCGUCGCGGCGGUGGAGGCGGUGCGCCCCGAUGCCGUCGAAGCGGUCGUUCUUUGCGAUUGGGUCGCACGCGGGCCGGAUCUACGUGGCGGGGGGUCACGACGAGAACAAGAACGCGCUGAGGACGGCGUGGGCCUACGACGCGUGGAGGGACGAGUGGACCGAGUUGCCUCAGAUGACUCGGGAGCGGGACGAGUGCGAGGGGAUCGUCGUGGGCGGCGAGUUCUGGGUGGUGAGCGGGUACGGCACGGAUAGCCAGGGGGAGUUCGAGGUAAGCGCCGAGGCCUACGCCGGCGGCGGGUGGAGGCUGGUCGAGGGGGUGUGGGAGGCGGGCCGGUGCCCGAGGUCUUCCGUUGGUGGUUUCGAGAGCGACGGGAGGCUGGUGAGCUGGGCCGAGUCGGACUCGAGGGUCCGGGUCGGGCCGAGCGGUGUGGCGGUGGGGGACAUGACCCUGGUGACCGGCUCGGAGUACCAGGGGGCGGCGCAGGGGUUCUACUGGAGGGUCCGGCAGAGUGGUAAAUUCGAGCGGGUCAGCGACGUGCCGGACGAGUUCAGCGGGUUCGUCCAAUCGGGUUGCUGCGUAGAGAUUUGAUCAACUGAGUUGACCCGAGCCGCGAGCGGCUCGGGGGUAUGUACGGCGACGAGGGCAGUAGAGUCAUUUGGCUCGGAGUGUUUGGUUUUUUUGCUUUGAACUUGCAUCAUCAGGGCUAUUAUAUGACUGAGGAGAGUUGCUUUCGGUUGUAUUGCUGCUGCUUUUGCUGGAUUGUACUAUGUAAAUGAUUAUACUUGAGUCGAGCAAUUUUGUCCGGAAAAAAAGAGAAGAGAAAUGUGUUGUGA